GUUUCAGUUCUCGCGGGAAGAGAAGAGAAAGGUUCGAGAUUAGAAGUAAGAUGGCGCGAAGGAAAGUGAAUUACGAACACCUGUGCAGGAAUUUAAUUAAAUUAGUCUGUGAUAUCCAGGAUGAGACUAGCGAUGACUUCAAGGAAUGCUAUUCUUAUUCUAUCUCCAAUUUUAAAUAUCAUCGAUUCUUGUCAGUCGAUUCACACAAAGUUAACCAAAAGAUUGAUGGAUUAUGUGAAAAAUUUGCUGUCCACUCCCAAGAAGAUAAGGCUAAAGCUUUAAGAGAACUAACCACUAAAUUUCUUGGUCUACCAUUAUUUGACCAGAAAAUGUUUGACCAUUCUGACACACAUUACUCGAUUCUGAGCCUUUUAAUUGAACUUGCUAACAGUCCAACUGGGAGCAGUAGCUAUGAGUCUAGCAAAAGUAUCACUGUUGAAGAAGACAAGGAUUUUGAUUGGGCAGCAUAUUUGAGGGAGGGAGAAGAUGUCUACUAUGGCUCAUAUUCAAGUUCUUCAGAAUUCAGUGAUCUGGAUGAAGAUGAUGAUGAUGAUGGUAUUGACUACAUCAGAGAAGCUGAUGAGACAGAAAUAAAAGAUUCUGAACAAAUGGUCCCAGUUGAGAGUUCAUUAAAAGAUUUAAAUAUUUCUAAAAACCCUUCAGAAUGUCAAACACAACCAGAAAAAGCCAACAUAUUGGGAUAUGAAUGGUUAAGUAAAAACAUUAUCACUUCUUACUGGAACGGAACACCACAAAAUAUUCCUGAAAACAGCAACUACUAUAAUAUUGUUAAAGAAUGGGAACUCUAUGAUGACAGAAGUUAUCCAUUUAAAAAUAAACAAACUGUGACUGAAAGCCAAAUCAUUCGUGAAAUAAUAUGGAUGUUGCUUGGCACUUCUGACACCUUUAUAUUUCAAUAUACUGGAACAAACUACAGACUUCGAGAAAAUAUUCGACUGACACAUCUUUCUCAAAUUGCACUUGAGAAUAAUGUGGAUAUUUUCCUGAAGGCAGGUGCUCUGAUAUUAGAACUGAUGUCAUUCAUUGAUUCUGUUUCUGAGAAACCAGUAAAUAUCCAAGAAUCUAAAGAAACCAAUUCUUUGACUUAUGAAGCCUUUGCAUUUUCUAUUGACCAAUUUGUACAUGAAUAUAAAUCAGUGCUGUGCAAGUUGGAACAGAAUGUACAAAAACAAAAGACAGCAAUUACAAUUCUUAUUCUACAAAAACAUCUUGAGCCUUGGAUUGAAAAACUGACGCUUGUUUAUGAUAUUUAUGUCAAUGGUGUACAGAAGUUUAAAUCAGUUGAAAGCAGUAGUGAAAAGGCGGCUGCUUUAUUGAGCUGUCUCUAUGAUAAAGUGAUGGAAUUACAUCUCAUGAAUCAGACAAAUUUGCUCUCCGUAGCUUUUCCUUUAUGGAUUAAUGCAAUUCGACCCUAUAUUAAUAUUAUUGAUGAAUGGAUCACUAAUGGUCAGCUGCAGGAUUUUCAUAAAGAAUUUAUUAUUCAAAGAAGUCAAAUACCGUUGACCCUUGAUGAAACAUCCUGGGAACAGUCACUUGUCAUAAAAUUUUCUAAUACUAACUCACAGAGUCCUGUUCCUGAGAGCGAAGUUAAAGAUGAUGCUACGAGUUCCUUCAGUGAGGUUGCUUAUGUCAUUCAUGACUGGACACCCCAUUUCUUGAACACUAUUCUAGAACCAAUUAUCAGAGCAGGAAAAUCAAUGGAUGUUUUCAACACCCUUGACUGUUUGAAUACUUUGUUAAUCAAACAAAAUCCUUUACAAUAUCAGAAUUCCAAGUCAUUGUUUGAAAUGUUUCUCACCUGUCUUAACGACUAUCUUGAUAAAGAAUCAAAUUGUGGCAGUCAAGAUGUCCUUCCUUUAAUUAAUACCAAUGAUACUAUUCAUUUAGAAUUUCCCAUCAAGAAGGUAUUGGAUGAUCAGUGCAACCCUUUACUACAAAUAAAUCUGGAUUCUCUUUUCAAAAAGGGGCUUAAAACUUCUUCACCUCAGUUUGAUGUAAGAGAGACAACCAAAUGCCUGAUGUCCAGCUGGAAAUCGAUUCAGCCAAUCGAACAUGUUAUGGAACACUGUCUGUAUCCUCUCAUCAGAGAUAAGUGUUUAUGGAUAUGCCGACAAGUUGUACAAUCCAUAAUCACUGACCAUCAUGUCUGGGAUUACUUAACAGCUAUGAGGAAUUUCUUUCUAAUGGAAGCUGGAGAAACAAUGUUUGAAUUUUAUACAAAGCUAUUUUAUAGUAUGCAGCAUCAGCUAGAAUCUCAUGUAAAUGUUGCGUUCUUGAAUCGAGCAUUAAGACAAGCUCUUGAGAAAAACUUUCCUGAUGAAAUUGGCAAGCUUUCAGUAUUUGUACAGAAACUCCCUCGUCCACCAACCAUCGAUGCUGAUAUGCAGUUGAACGAUACAGAUUGCAUCAACUUAGCAUAUGCUAUCCCAUGGCCUGUCAAUAUGAUUAUUAACUCCAAAAGUGUUACAAAAUAUAAUCAGAUAUUUAAGAUGUUACUGAAGAUCAAACGUGUAAAAUUCUCCCUGGAUACUCUACGCUUUGAUGAACUGGAAAAGGUUCAAGGAAAUAGGAAAGAGUUAACUUCAAGUCAAGAAGCCUUACGAAAAGAAACAAUUCACAGAUUUCACAUUUUGCGUAUGCGUUUACUGUAUUUCACAAAUACACUUAACUCUCAUAUAAUGCAUCAGAUAGUUCAUAGUAGAGAAUUCCUCAAUUCACUGAACACGUCAGUUGAUCUGGAUGAGAUGUUAACUUGCCAUGAAGAAUAUCUGGAACAAAUUCUUCAGUAUUGUUUCCUGGUGAAAAAGAGUUCUGUUUUCAGCGGUUUGCUUGAGCAGAUAUUGUCAAUAGCCCUUCGUCUCAGCAAUCACUGGAAGAAAGGAGUUGAUAAAAUCAGUUUGGAAACUUUGGCAGCAAUGGAAGAGAAUUUUACUAAAUGGAUACCAUUUUUACAGUGUUGUUCUGCUGUAAAGAUCACAGUUGAACGAGAUUCUCAUUUGGAGCACCUUUUGUCAUCUUUAACGAUGUCUUGCAGUGUAUAGUCGUUACCUUAAGAAGAAGGUGGCAAGUCUUAUUUAUGUCAGACAUCUUCUUUAAUAUAUUAGAUGUGUUGACCUGAUUAAAGAAACAUCCUUAAAAUAAGUACUAGAUGGCUAUACAACCUCUUUGCAGUCAGGUGGACUGAGCCGGUGGAAAGUGCAUGGAUGUCGCAAAGUGCCUUAUAAGAAGAUACAGAUUGCCUGUCUUAUGGAAAGUCAUCCAGAACCUAGCGACUUGAGCUGCUACAACUCUGGGAAUGUAAUUACACAAGCUGUGAAGAUGCAGCCGCCAUAAUGGCACGUUCACCUUGUCAUUUGAAUAACUUUUCCACAAUGUCCAGGAUGCUUCUGUGACCUCCCAAAGUUAUAAAUGACAAAAAAGAAAGCAAGGUGGCAAAAAAUAAGUUUAUUGUUAUCUAAUUUAUAUUCAGAAUGCUUGGGAUAUGUCUAAAAUAAUGUUGUACCAUUGCUUGCAGUUGUGCAAGGUGAGAGUUGACACGUGCAAAAUAAAUGGAAAGUAUUGAUGACAUUUUUACUAACACAACCCUGGAAAAAAUUAUCAAUAAAUGUUAAAAUCAA